CCCGCCUCUUCUUCCACUUGAAGCAUGAUGGGAUGCGGGAGAGGGGGACCUGUCUGCUAUCCUGCCCCAGAGGUCACUAUGGGACACGCUCCCCACAUGUCAACACCUGCACCAAGUGCAGGGAGGACUGUGUUUCCUGCUUCAACAGGAACUUCUGCACUCACUGUCACCAGGGCCACUACCUGUACAGAGGGAGGUGUGAGAACAGCUGCCCUGAGGGCCUGACCCCAAACGCUGCACUAAGAGAGUGCAUUGAUUGUCUAGUGGGCUGUGAGGUGUGUGUGACGAGGAACACCUGCACCAGGUGUAGAGCAGGACUGUACCUCCUGCAUGGCCAGUGCCACCAUACCUGCCCAGGGGGGUUUGAGCCUGAUAGACAGCUCAUGGAGUGCAUUUCUCAUGUACACUGUCAGGUGGGAGAAUGGGGAGACUGGGGCCUCUGCUUUCGGAGAGGGAGGGACUACAUGAAUUUUGUGGAGGUACGAAGACGAGAGGUCCUACGGCACCCCACCCUGUACGGCGACCCCUGCCCCAAAGUCAAAGAGUGGAGGAAAUGUGUCAUCAAAAGGAGACCGAGUCCAGGAAGAUCAGAUGGCAAAGGCAUUAGGCCAACAGAACAUUGAUGCAAGAUCAUUGGUGGGAGCAAAAUAAUAGCAAGUGGCAGAUGUGAUCCAAAACAGGAUGGAAGGACAGGGGGACUGGAUUAACUGGUUUGAAAGAGAGACCUCCAUUGCCUGAACCUCAGUCCUUUCUGUAGUCAGGAAAAGUGUGCAACAAUUUAUUCCUCUGUUUGUGACCAGCUGUUGACCUGCCUUGGUUGAGAGACCUUGGAGAAGAUAACAUUAUCAUCUGCUCUAGAAUUUUGUGUUCAACAUUUUUUUGUUCAUUACGACAUGUCACCCACACGAUCCAUUCCAGGAAAAAGGUCACUAACUUGAUAUGGACUGAAUUGAACAGUGUUCAAAAAGCAAGUGUGUUUUUCUAAUGAGUUUUUUUGUUUUUCUAUCAUGAUGGUGGCUAGCCCACUUGUUCUACAUGUGUAGCAUUUCUCUGUAUAGCAAGUCAAAUUGAAACUAUUGAUUCCUUUUCAUGAUUGCAAUCAUUGUUAUAGACCUACAUAAAAUGUUUGUGUAGGAGAUUUUAUAGUAAACUACAAUAUAUUGUCUUCACAAACAUGACUGAAUUUUAAAAA